AUGAUGUUAAAAAUUUUACAAUCACAUUUUUUUAGAAAAACUAUAGUUGGAAUGAAUUCACGUUGCUUAUGGCAAUGGAUUGAUGACACAUUCAACCGUUUGGAUGAUGAUCGUAUCAAGGAAAUUGGCCCUAACUUGGCAUGUGCCGAAUGGCUCAUGAAAAAUGGGGCACAAGUCAGAUGGAAAGGUUGUAAGGAAUAUGUCCGACAUUAUGAUUACUUGCCCAAUACAACACCAGUUCACCGUGAACAAUUUCUAAUACAGCAAGUUUACGCUGGGAAAGAAGCUUCAAUCUCACAUUUAGGGUUUAGUUAUUUUAAAAACUGUAAACAUAUUUCUGAAGUGGAAUUUGAUGGAUGUAACUCAAUUAAUAAUAAAGCAUUAAUUGAACUUAAUAUAUUGAAAGGUUACUUGACAAGCUUGAAAAUUAAUAACUGUGCAAAUGUUUCUGACCAAGGAAUAAUAUCAUUGAAACAUCUUCAGGAAUUAAAACAUUUGGAGUUGAAAAAUAUAAAAUUUUUAAGCGACCCUGAAAAAACGAUUGACUUUCUGAGAACAAAGUUGCCAGAAUGCAACAUAGAAUACCAUAAUAAAUGA